AUGACCCAAAAGGAGGAUGUGCGCCGUAGCCCAAAAGAGGGGGGUGCACUCUUCCCUGGCCCGAAGAGAACUCUUCCAUCUCUUAAUUAUAUUUGGUAACCGAUGCUACUGGGAGACCAGGGGGACCAGUGAUACUGGACACUACGUCUUACAGCAAAGAAGAUACGUUGGUCCUCUAUUCGAGUCAGACGUGCAGCUUGAUUGUGUAUGACUAGGGUCAAGCAGAUAUCAUCCAGGCAGCAUCCGGAAGUUAUUUGUAGUGUUUUGUCUUCAUUACUCUGCUUAUUGGACAGAAUCAGAGAAACACUCAAAUUCCCAGGUCUAGCAUGAAAGACAAAAAGUCUCAAUCUGUACCGGAGGUCCUAUCUGAUCCAUCAAUGCAAUAGGCAUUCCCAAUCACAGGUAAACCAAAAAAAGGUGUUUGGGUGUUCGUUAACUACGGCAACUGUGAAGAAUGUUAAAAAAUAGUAAUGCAUAUGCUAAUGCAGUUUAAUUGUCGGGGAUUCUAUGUCUAAUCUGAAGAACCACAACACCUGUGCCAUGUAACCUUGUCAUCAUGGUACGUCAUGAUCUACCCUUUCAGCCCAUCCAUCUGCAGAUUCACUGCACUCUAGACAGGCUAGAAAAUAAACACACUGUAGCAUCAAUCUACCUACCUCACCUCUGGAAAGACACACUGUGCUACACCUGAGCCCUGAAACCUUCGUUCCAAAGAGCUGAGCAAAGAGACUACUGACACACCCACAAAUUUCCAUAUUGAGAGACAAUCUCCAAUAUUGUGCUGCCAGUAAGUUUAGCUAAUGAGCUGGAUGGUUGGAUGGCACUUGAAUGCAUAUCUAUUUUCCUGAGCACGCAGAUUGGUCUUUAUAGAUCUGUUGCAGUAAUAACGAGAUCUGUGGAAGAAUUCCAGAUCUACUGCAAAAAACUGUGCCAAGGCCACAGCAUCUUGAAAGAAAUUUGACUAUUAAUGUGACAUUUUAUAUCUUUCCAAGAAUUUAACUGUUGGAACUCUCUAGCCUAACCUCAGUGAUCAAGAGGGAUCACGAUAUUUGUAAAUUACACUGAUAUUUGUAAAUUAUCAAAAGUGAUUCUGAUGCAUCGAUUCUUCAUAGAUAGUUAAAGUGAUGCUGAUACUUAUACACAUAUCGCUGAUACCUUAUUGUAGAAAAUAUCCCCAUUGAUAAGUAAAUACUUGAUACAGAUUUUGAUACACUGGAAACAAAAACUUCAGCAGAAGUGUAAAAGGAAAAAGAGAGAGAGAAAUAGGGGGGCUGAGAUGCUUACUUAUCUGUGCAAAUGUUCUGGAAUAUCCACUCAUUCAGGGUCUUGAGAUAAACUAUGAACCAUAAUCAAUAUUCAUGAACAAAACAUCUAGUUGCACUAGUUCCAAAUGAGACUCACGCUGAAUUUACAAUGGAAAAAAAAAUCCGUAGGCUAUUGGACUGAAAAUUGCUCGUGCAACGAAAAUGGUUAGAACUACCACUUUAAGCCCUGCAACAGAGAUCCACCAAAGUGUAAGAAUCUUGAAUUAACUCACACUUGAUAAUCAGGAGAAUCUGCAGAGGAAUGAACUGAACAACUGGAACAAACUGGUUCCUUCUUUGAAAUGUUUAGGGCGACAAGCAAUACAAUGAAGCUAGAGGUCUUUCAGGUCAGGGUAUCGUCUCGUCGUCCUGGACUUCGAGCAGCCCCUCAAAGCGGACUGAAGCCGACUUUCUUAACGGCUCCUGUCAACAGCUCUCUCACGCUGAUCCUGACGUCUGCCGUCUCGGUAGUCAUACUGCAAGCUGAGAGAAUAUGAUUUGCUCCUCCUAUCUGUACUGUUUCCCCUCGCCGGCUCUGCCACAUUCAUGUUAUCAGCAGGAGAAGCCACCCUGCGGAACUCCACCUACCAACUUCAGGAUUUUGAGAUUUCCAUUAUCGAUUAGGAACUGUUUCUUGGCCUUCCUGGCGGUGUCUCUGGCCCUGCUGUGCUAUCUGGUUCACUUCCCCAAGAACUCCUAUCAACCUAGUCUUCAGAGGAUAAAGCCGCCAAUACCCGAAACCAUCCAGCUAAAGGACUCGAUAUUCAAAAAAAAUUGUUACAGCUAUUCUAAGAUCGUUGCAACCAAUAUGUGUUGCAAGAUGUUGGAGUAUGAUUUCCCACUCAUUGAGAAAUGUUUGAAAACGUUCAAUGUUACAAGGAAUAUUCCAAAACCUACAGAAAAUUCUCAAAAUGUGAACUCCACCUCAAAAGAAAUUAUCCACAUUAUUUUGGUUGGGGACUCUCACAUGCGGUACCUGUUCAGUGCUGUGUCCCUCCGGCUUGCUAGCCCAGACUUACGAUACAGAAAGAAAGCCAACAAGAAAUGGAGUUACGGAACGACUGCCCUGAAGAAGAUGAGAAGCCAGCACUUAGUUACCACACUCGAGACGAAGCACUUAACGCUUCCCAUCCGAGUGACCUACCACACGGAAUUUUUCCUCGAAGGGUUACCGCACAUCAUGGACCGCUGGGAGAAGGGGAAAGAAACCAAGCCAACUGUCGUUAUCAUGGACUCCGGUCUUCACUUCAUGACAAAGCGCCCCGAUUUAAAGGCCAUCCCAUAUGAGAAAUCACUCAUUAAGCUGAAGCCUUAUUUCACCCGACUAGCCGCCACUGUGCCUGUCUAUUACAAACUCACUGAUGAUCUGCAGGCCGCCAGGCACCAGACGCACAAGAUGAGCCUCAACCUCACCAAGCUGUACAACGAAAUCGCUGUCCGGGAACUCCAGGGAACCGGCGUGACCCUGUGGGACAGCACCAUACCCUUAUCCGUCCAGUACAACGACGCCUGUGCAAAAAAGAAGCUAAAUACACCUCCGCUAUUCAGGUGGAAAUGCAGUGACUCUCGACACCUUGGCUACAUCGUGGUGGACCAGUUUGCUAAUAUGGUGUACAACGCUGUCUGUAACAAAUAUCUGGACCUCGAGGAAGAUCACUGUGGUCUGGAGGAAAGGCGUGUGGUGGAUGGCCUAUAAGAUUUAUGUUGAUGUU